CCAGCUCAGCUCCACAGUGUUUGCCCAGACUUUGAGAUGUUACUGUUGACAAGUUGUUUUGAAACACUGAGUGUGUGCAGUCUGUAACUUUCUCCCUCUGCUUCCCAAAUGCCAACAAACCAGAUGAAAGCACCUCACUCCCUCUCCUGUCUCCUCCUCCUGACUCUGGGUGCCUGCUUUCCUCCAAGUGACAGAAGAGAAAUGGGAGAUCCAGCAGACAGCCCUGGCGAGGUUCAAACGAGGGGCCCAGAGACAGCCGGAGGUCACCAGCAUGGCUUCCCAGGGGGAGCAGCUCGGCGCAGGAGAUCCCAAGACCCAGCCUCCCUCUUCGUCAUAGCUAAGAAGCUACAAGGACUUGGUAAAGAGCGAGCUGGUUUCAGAUUCAGGUUUGGGAGGCAAGAGGUGGACAAAAAAGCUACCAACAUCUACCUAGGAAGUGAAGAAAAACGGAAUGGUCUGUUGGGGAGCCUGGCUGAGGAACUGAGUGGCUACAGUAGAAAGAAAGGUGGUUUCAGCUUUCGCUUUGGCCGGGCGAUGAAGGGCUGUGGGUGGCUAGGAUAAUACCAUGGAAAGGAGUCUGUCUGGGGACUUUCUGCCAUCUGUUUCCUCCAAGUUAAAUGGCUAUCCCUCGUUCUGUCUCCUUUUAAUUCCCACUUACCCUAAUUACCAACAUAAAUCACCAAGAAACUCAGAACAUUAUUAUUUGGGCUUUCUGUAUGUUAUUCUGGGAGGUUGGGUGGGCUGAUGUGUGAGUUCGGUGACCCUUCAAUCCCAAACUUUGCUCAUUAACAGAAUGAGAGAAAUAGUGUAUUCUGGCAAGGAAAAACAAAGCCUUUGUUUAAACUCCCUGAAAAGCAACAAUGCUCUGUCUGUAUCACUCUUUCCCUCCCCCAGCGGUCUAUUUCUGAUGGUUUUAAAGCAAUCCCUUGGCCUCAGUGGUACUGAGCUGAGAAAGAUGCAAUGCAAUGAAUAAGAAUUGGGAGAGCUUGCAUGCCAUGCUCUAAGUUGAAGGCAGGAGGACUGAGUGAUUAUAGUGGGAUAAUCAAAGUGUUGACAGUCUCCACAGGGAUGCCUGUAAGCUGACAUCCAAAAGGUGGCUGUGAAUGAGGAGUAGAUUCUACUGGGCACCACGCAAAGGUUAAAAAAGUCAAAGUAAAACAAACAAAUAAAAAAGACUUACCAAAUAUUCUUAUUCUCCAACCCAUUGGAAUGGCAGAAAACACUACUCAGUGUCAAGAUGCCAUUUUGGACAGAGUGGCUGCCCAAGCUAUUCAGAUAAACCAUCUUCCCAGUACCAUGCUUUUACUGGGCCAGGGAUCUCGUGGGAACUGAAUGAGCCAUGCAUGAAAAGGUGUUUGAUGCUGCUGUUUAAUAAGGCUGUAUUUCAAAUUUUCAACAUAUGUAUUUCUUUUUAAAUAAAAGUUACAACCCUUGCAAACUACAGACUCUUAACUACAGGCAGUUAGUAUGUUGGAACUUAAUUUUACUAUGCAAUGAAUGUAUGGACACUCUGAAGACUGAAAGUGUCUUAAA